AACUUUCUCUUUUUUCCUCGUAGAAUAUGCUUCUUCAUCAUUGAAAGAGCGUUUUAGAGAAUUUUUAUCAUUGUUUACUUCCGACAUUGCUAUAAAAGCAAUCUCGAUUAAACCCUAAAGAAGAAUCGCAGUGAUGGGUAUUUCGGGUCACUCAGCGUGACUCUCAGGUCUGAACCAAAUUUGUAAUAUCACAGCAAACGUUCUUUUAAAGGUUAAUUUUAGCUUUUUUUUAUUUCUAUCUUUCAUUCAAGUAAGUACUAAAAAAAAAGAAGCGAAAAUAUUGAACCUGUGAAAACAAGGACUCCUUUUCAUCUUUUUUGGAAUCUUUGUGGGCAAUUGCCUAUUAUAUUGCCAACUUUUUCGAUAGAAUUAUUUAUUUCUUAAAGAUAAAAGUAUAAAAGGAUAAAAAAUCAGUUAGGAAGCCGUUCGUUCUGCUUUGUUUGCAAUGGAAUGCAUUGAUAGAAACAUUCGCAGAGAAUCUCUUCGUAGACUAGGUUCACUUCCGACAUACGGAUGGUCAUUUUUCGAGCAAAUUUGUAAUCGAAACUCUGAGCUCAUUAAAAGAAACGACUCCGUUUUCAACCUAGAAAGGAUCGAUGAUACGGUAUUAUCAAUAUGUGCGGUUAGCUCUGAACCUAAGAACUUAGUGGAGGCCAGAGUGCUUCUUAAUCAACUAUGGCUUUACUUGAAGAAGUACUUAUUUUUCGAAGGAAACGAAAGCUUUGAAAGCACAUUACCUUCAUUGGAUGAUUCCUCUUUUUGUCGAAUUUUUCCCUCGUCGGCAAAAUGUGUUCCUGCAAUAUUAAGUGCAAUGCUUUGCCUAUCCAAACAGCAUAAGGAAAUUGCUGUCGAUGUUAUUUCCUUUUCAGAAUCUAUCAUUAAAACCUUCAAGUCUAUUAUAAAUGAGGAAGUUGCGGAUUCUAUGUCGCUUACUCUUCGUAGAAUAUUCUAUGCUUCUCAUCUUUCAUUUUUUUUAAAUGAAUUUGCUAGAAGCUGUGAGGAGAUGAGCGAUGAAAACAUAUGCUUAUGGAUUAUCGAUGUUUGCACAGAUAUACUUUCAUUUGAUGUUCUUCCACAACAAAAAUUAUCGGCUAAUUCUCUUUUCAUACAGCCAUCUCCUUACUACCAGGGUUAUGGUCUUAAAUACUUCUUAUAUAUUUCUUCAAUAUCCGCUUUGGUAAAUGCAGCAACUUCUUUGUGGUUAGGAAAUUGCGCAUUAUUUUGGGAUAUCGGUCGUUCUCGGCCUUCUUCUCCCGAAGAGAAAGUGUAUUCCAGUCAAUUUCAAGCUCUCCUGACAUUAUCUGAGAAAAUACUUUCAAAAAGCUAUACAUCUAAACUACAAGGACAAGUUUCUGUGCCUUGUAGACUGUUUUUCGUCCUAGCCUUGAAAUUAGCAAUCUUAGGUUCCGCAUAUGUUGGGUUUAUUCCAAACGUCUACUGUGAAUGGAUAGAUCUUUCUCUCCAGAAUAUAUCUGACGACCCUGAGACACUUCCUCAUUUAAUAGAUAUAAUGGCUUCUUUAGCAUGCGUCUUUCCAGCACAAUUACAGUUCGCGAUAAUACGCUUACGGUUUAUUGCAAUAUAUGCUCCUCGUGAUACUAAAGAUCCAGUUAUUUACGCUAAAUUGGCAUCUCGAAAGUUGGCACAUUUGUUCAAUUAUUCAUCUAAAGACGCCGCCAUUACUUCAAUUUAUCAGUUAGCAAACCUAUUGUCCCCUCUUGAUACAGCGGAUAGUUUUUUCUCGCUCUCUAGGGAACACAUGAAUAUGGAGGGUUUUGCACAUCCUUCUCACGAGAUUCCAGUAAGUACUUUACCUAUUUAUUUAAAUGUUAUAGACUCGGGACGUGAAAUUGCUCUACUGGUAAAUGACGAAAAAAUUCAUGGACUGGCUAUUUCCUUGCUAGUUCAAAAAUUUUCGCGAAAUUUUGAUUCACGUGUUAGUGCUCAAAUGAUAUGUGCUCUAGCUGAUAUCUCAAUCAAAGCAAAUGAACGCAACUUUUUUAUUUUGAUUCAAUUUUAUUCUAUUCAACACAAGAUGUUGACGAAACAAGUGGAUGAAGAGUUAGCUUUGGCCAUCCUUCAAUCGCGUCGUUUGAUUGCUAGUGGGACAGAACCUCACUCUUCAAAGCGGUUAGAUUUGCUUAAAAGCCUGUUGGAAGAAAUAAUACAAGUGGGUUUUGUUCGUGCUACCCCUUCGGAUCAGUUAAGUGGAUACUUUACUGUCCUUGUCUAUGCGAUUAAGGCCCUCAGUUGUUGUAUUGAUCAAAUCUCUUGGGAGACUUUACCAAAAGAUGAAAAUUACCCCUCGCUUUUUAGGGAUAUGUGGCUCACGAUCGUUUUGAAUAGGUUUCGUUUUUCGGUUGACAUAAGUGAGACGUUAAGACCUGAGCUGGAACAGAUUGCAUGUAACUCACCUCUUCUUGUCUUUGAAGAUUUUGGGAAUAAUUUUGAAAGUAAUUUGGAAUUAAAUACUGUUUUAAGGAGUCAUAUUGAACAUUCUGUUUUAUCUCGAAUUAAGUCAGAAUUGACAACAAUCGUGGAUGUGGAUUUGAGGUCGCUAAGUGCAUCAGAAAUUUGUUUUCUGUCAGCUGUUCUUCUACUUGAAGGACUGCGAUGUAAAACUGGUCGUAUUUCAGCUCUUGUUGAAUAUCUAAGUGAUUUUACCUUGUGUUCAAGUCAUCUGCCUCCUUUUAUCAGAGCCAUUGCCCUUCAUAACUUACCAAUAUUUGUGGAUUCUCUAUUUCGUGUAAAGCGACUUCAUCGAAAAAAUAUUAAAGAAAUACAAGAGUUACUUUGCUUGUGUUGUCACAGAAUCGAUUCGGUUCGACGACUAGCUUUGGAAUGUACAACUUUUGUCAUGCAUAGUCUGCCUCAUCUUCUUGGUACUGCCGAAGUUUUGUAUAGUACUCUAGAGUUGCUUACUCUUCUAUGGAAAGCUCGAAACGAAGAAUGUUAUAAUCAAUAUAUUCCGAAGCUUCAGUAUUGUUCUCCAAAGCUGAAUCUUACAAUUGUAUUGUCUGAUAUUUAUGACGCUCGUGAGAAGGUGCUUUCCGAAUUUAAAACCAACGCUACGGAUUGGAUACAAGUAAGUUCCAGAUCUAUUCCGAGACAAAUCAAAAAUUUAUUACAAUCCUAUCUUGCCGAUUUUGAAGAUAUUGAUGAUCUUGAGCUUGUUGAACUUGGACGAUCACUUGCUGUGGAAAUUGGGAUCAAAAUUCCAAGCUUCGAUUAUGAGAAUCGUGUGGUUUCUUCAUUUGGGAAUUGGAUUCCAGAUUUCAGUUCUGAGUUUAUGGCCGAUUACACUACACGCCAACGUUAUGCUCAAGAAAACGUGGUCUUAGACACAGAAGGUGACAUGAGUAGUGACAAGGCUGAUCUUCUGCUUUCUCAAAAACACAAACUCUUCGAACAGAACCUUACUCUUUUAAAUGAUUUGGAAAAUGAUUACAAACAACGAAAGCCAGUAUCUUCGCUAAAGCUCCGCAAUAACAUUCGCAAGGCCGCCUCUCAUGCAGUCCAAGAAUCAACAUAUUUAUUUUCAAUUCUUACCAGAAAAAUUAUUCGUAUACCUUUUAUUGAAUUCAAUCAGAAGUCCAUAAAGCUUGGCGUUAACUUAUGGAAUUGGAUGAUGAACGAGGUUCCAAUUUUUAGCUCUUAUAUUGUGCUUAAUAUCAUUCGUAACUGGAAAAACGAAAUAAUGAGGGAAAAAAGGGGUUUCUUUUCAACCAUGAAAGUGAAAUCCCCAUUAGCCUUGCCAAUGACCUACUCACCGACUGAAAGAUCAUCGAUGAUAUCUUAUAAGGACAAACUGAGUUCGCAGAUGAUUCCGCAUCUACUUUUGUUAGAGCUUAUGUCUGGUAUAUUCGAAGGCCUUUGGUUUAAUGAUCGCCAAAACGCCAUUAUCAUUGUCCAGUUCAUGGCUUUUGUGCUCAAAAAAAUGAGCUCUUUAGAGUUUGCUCGAAAUGCGUUGGCACGAGAGCUUCACUUCAAAUUUAUUUCGUUUGGUUUCAAAAUUGCUGAAAACUUACUAAAUACACUAUUAGGUUCCAGAUUUUAUAAUCUCUGUUUGGACGCUGCCUUAUGCUGGUUUACGGAAACACCUGGAUGGACUUAUGGAGCAGAUAAGUUGAAUGUCUCAACAGAAAUUUCGAUAAUGCGGAAUUUGUGUGGAAAAAUGGAAAACACAUUAAGUCAAUAUCCUCUUAAAGGAUCUACAAUAAAAAAACAAAAGCUUCUUAUAAUUUUAUUGAAAAAUGAAAUGUAUAGACUGUUCACUUGGAUUACACCAGUUGCACAUGGAAGGAACUUGGUAAUGACUGAACCGAUACCGGAUACAUAUAGUUCGAGUUCGACGAUCACUUCAGAAAUGUUGCGUUUGGCUUGGAAGAUAUCCCCCGCGAUCGUUUUGUAUAUUCCGAAACGCUUCAUCGAGCCGUCGUUGGUAGAUAUGGUAACUAGCUUUAUUUUAGCGGAUCCUGCUUCUUGUCUUCACUACGACGUUGCUAUGGACUAUCUCUUUGAGAAAUAUCCAAAUGGUGACUUCCCACUAGAUAGGAAGUAUCUUUUCUAUUGGGACCCCAUUUAUCCGGUGAAUGGUCCAGUUUUGUUUAAGCCGAAAAUCAGAUGGAACCCACAACUCUUACAGUACACGGUACGCUCAAUGGAAAGCUAUCCCGUCUCUGUUAUGUUCUUCUACGUUCCACAAAUUGUGCAGUCCCUUCGUUACGAUACUAUGGGUUAUGCAGAGAGUUUUAUACUUGAGGCUUCAGAAGUUUCCCAGCUAUUUGCCCAUCAAAUUUUAUGGAAUAUGAAGGCAAAUUUAUAUAAGGAUGAGAGUGCUACUGUACCUGAUUCCAUUAAACCAAUCUUGGAUCAUGUUAUGGACAAAAUGGUAGCUUCCCUAUCCGGUGAUGACAAAAGUUUUUAUGAGAGGGAGUUCUUUUUCUUUAAUGAAGUUACUUCUAUUUCUGGAAAACUUAAGCCAUUUAUUCGGAAAUCAAAACCUGAGAAGAAGGCAAAAAUUGAUGAAGAAAUGAGACAAAUUAAACUAGAUGUUGGUGUUUAUUUACCUAGUAAUCCUGAUGGCGUAGUGGUUGGGAUAGAUAGAAAGUCAGGAAAACCUUUGCAAAGUCAUGCUAAGGCACCAUUUAUGGCCACCUUUAAAAUCCAAAAAGAGAAGGUUAUCAAUCCUGAUCCAGAAGAAGAAGCCAUUAAUGGUGAGGAAGGGAAUACCGCUCAUCAAAAACAAAGCUAUGAAGUUUGGCAAUCGGCUAUUUUUAAAGUCGGUGAUGAUUGUCGACAAGAUGUUUUAGCUUUACAAUUGAUUGCCAUAUUUAAGAACAUUUUUAAUUCUGUGGGUUUGGAUGUCUAUCUAUUCCCUUACAGGGUAACUGCUACCAAUCCUGGUUGUGGUGUUAUUGAUGUGUUACCAAACUGUAUAUCUCGAGAUAUGCUCGGUCGUGAAGCAGUUAAUGGCUUGUAUGAUUACUUUAUUACUAAAUUUGGCGGUGAAGAGUCCAUAGCAUUUCAAAAAGCUCGAAGCAAUUUUAUUCAAAGUAUGGCAGCUUAUUCUGUUAUUACAUAUCUGUUGCAAUUCAAAGACAGGCAUAACGGAAAUAUAAUGAUUGACGAUCAGGGUCAUAUAUUACAUAUAGAUUUUGGAUUUAUUUUUGACAUUGCUCCUGGUGGAAUUACAUUUGAAAGUGCUCCGUUUAAGUUAACUCAGGAAAUGAUUGCUGUAAUGGGAGGUAAUAAUAAAUCACAACCAUUUCAAUGGUUUCAAGAACUGUGUGUUAAGGCCUUUUUGGCAUCCCGCCCUUAUGCCAAGUCAAUUUGUCAAGCAGUCGAAAUCAUGCUAGAGUCUAGUCUUCCUUGCUUCAAAGGUCAAUUGAGUAUUACGCAUACUUUGGAGCGUUUUGCCUUGGAUAUGAAUGAACGACAGGCUGCAAAUCACAUGCUAAGUUUGAUUGAUCACAGUUACAACAACAAACGGACGCUGAUGUAUGAUCAAUUUCAAAAGGCAACCAAUGGAAUUCCUUAUUAGAUUCAAUUUUUAUGUUCAUCCUUUGAUAAAUAAUCCGUUCACUUAUGACUGCUUGAUGGAUUUGUGAAGAUGCAAGUUAUGCCCGAGUAAGUAAGUAUAAUGCUAUUCAAAAUUUAGGUUAAGUUAUUGUUUAACACUGCAUUGGUAGAAAUGAAAUAACCACUUUUAUGUUAAGAAUUGCUAGGAAGUAUUGAGUUAUAGGCACUGCGAAAACAACUUAGAAU